GCCAACACACACUGCGAGCGGGACAUAGUGCGUCAUGUAGCUUGUACAAAAUAAUAUUUACAAUACUGUUGUCGAGGCCGUGCGAUAUAUAUUAUGAUGUACAAUUUACCAGCUAUAUACGAUUGAUGUAGCCUGGUCCCCAGAAAUCGUUCUAAAUCGAUCACAUUAUCAAAAUUAUUACGAUCCACGUAUUAUAUUACCGUUUGUGUAUUUUUCAUGGUAUUUAGCGCUAACGUAAUUGUAAUAAAUAAUUAUAUGGGUAUGUGAUAUCACCUAUAAUAGUAUUAUAGCCAUUAUAUUAGGUAUUAUCGAUCCAUACGAUUGUAAUUUAUCUUUUUUGCUACAACGCUAUCAAUUGACGUAUUAACCUGCUAUAUGUUUACCGGACGGUGACUACGUGACUACCUAGCGUUUUUGCACUGUUCAGUGCUCAUCAAAUACUCACAUUUUGCCGACCGAAAACGUUUACACAAAAUGAGGCUGAUUGGUUAUAGACUGGCCAAAAAUCUGGAGAAAAUGGUCGAUUUCUACUCGCAGUUUAAUCCAUCAUCAUUAUCCAUUAAACAGUUCAUUGACUUUGGUUUAAAGGCAAAUGAACAAAAAUCAUAUCAAUUUUUAAAGAAAGAACUACCCGUUCGUUUGGCAAAUAUUAUGAAAGAAAUUCACUUGCUACCAGAUAAUUUGUUGAAAAUGCCAUCUGUGAAUUUAGUGAAUAAUUGGUACGCACAAUCUUUCAAUGAAAUGAUUGAAUUUGAAGUCGAUGAUGGAUGUACUGAACAAACUUUAAACAAAUUUUGUCAAAUAUUAGUAAAAAUUCGUAAUCGUCAUUCAGAUGUUGUCCAAACAAUGGCACAAGGGGUUUUAGAGCUGAAAGAUUCACAUGAAAUCGAUUUGCAUACUGAAAACAGCAUUCAAUAUUUUCUUGAUCGUUUUUAUAUGUCUCGAAUUGGUAUUCGUAUGCUUAUUAACCAGCAUACAUUAUUAUUUGGUGACCAUAUAAACAAUAAUAACCAUCAUCAACAUAUUGGUUGUAUUGAUCCUUAUUGUGAUGUAAUAAGCGUUGUGAAAGAUGCAUACGAGAAUGCUAGAUUUUUGUGUGACCAAUAUUAUUUGACCUCACCUGAAUUAGAAAUCUGUAAAAGUAUUGAUGCUGAUGAUGAGCCAAUUAAAAUUGUUUAUGUGCCAUCACAUUUGUAUCAUAUUCUAUUUGAAUUAUUCAAAAAUUCAAUGAGAGCUACUGUUGAGCAUCAUAAGACUGAUAUUCUACCACCAUUGCAUGUAACAAUCGUAAAAGGAAAAGAAGAUGUCUGUGUUAAAGUGUCUGAUCAAGGUGGUGGCAUUCCAAGGAGUUUGAGUGAACGCAUGUUUCACUAUAUGUAUUCAACUGCACCACAACCUUCAAAAUCAGAUGCACAUACAGUGCCAUUAGCUGGGUAUGGUUAUGGACUUCCUAUUUCUAGGCUUUACGCUAGAUAUUUGCACGGAGAUUUAGUUUUGUUGUCUUGUGAUGGAUUUGGUACCGAAGCCAUUAUUUACUUGAAAGCUUUAUCAAAUGAAGCUAAUGAGUUGUUGCCAAUAUACAAUAAGAUGUCAACCAGGUUUUAUAAAACAACUGAUCACACUAUUGAUUGGAGAAGUACUUGCAAUCACACACCGAUCAGUCAGCAACAAUUCACACAAACACAAUGAGUACAAACUGACCAUUUGAGAAGCUAUUUAGUCGCCAUUUAUAUACAAAAAUAAUACUAUAAUGGAUUUUUUUUUUGAUUUUAAUUUAUUUUAGUUAUUAAUUUUUUUAGAUAUUAGAAAUUUUAUCUUAAUUGGUAAAAAGGAAUUUUUUUGGAUAUAAUUCCUCUACUCUCAUGAUAUAUUAUAUUGUAUUAGCUCAUUUAGUAAAUAUAUUAUUGAGAGACUCAAUCAAGGUUAAUUUUCAUGGAUAUGGAAAAUUUGAAUUUAUUAUAUAAAUGGAACUUUUAACUAUAUUAUCUUUAUUAAUUGUCCAAUGAAUGGAUACAUUCUAAUUGUCUGUUUAAAAAUUUAAGAUGGCAAUUGCAUUAAUUUUAUUAUUGAAAUAUACACACUGUUAGAUCAUUAAGCUAAUGGUUAUUAGAAUGUAGUUACAAAAAAAACCACACUGAGAGUUAUUUGACUUGCAUAGAUUUAAUAUACUAAAAUAUGUGUUCUAGUUUAAAUACAUUACAUAUUUAUAUAAUUUGUUAUUUAAAAACAAUCGAAUUAAACCAUUCUUUUAUACUUUUACACCAACAUUAUUUUUAUUUAAAAGAGUUGUCUACUUUAAUCUUAUCAAUUAUCAUAAUAUUAUGUUGGUGAUUUUGAUUUCUUUUAAAUGUAAUUAAAUUUUUUCAUUGUAUACUUCUGUUUCUUUUUAUAAACCAACCUUACCUCUUUUUAAUUUAUUAAUUAUUCAACAUUCAAUUAAAUUAACAAAGUGAAAAUAAAGGAGUUAAAUUUAAAAAAAAAAAUAGGAGUUUUCUCUGUAAGCUAAGAUGAUUGGUUGAACUUUCAUUAUAUCCUAAUCAAACAAUUUAAUUGUCUUACUGUAAAUUAUAUAUUAAAAUAAAAAUUGUUAUUCAAUUAAAUAGAUUAGGUAUUUAAUUUGUAUAAAUGAAUACCAUGAUCAGAAAUUUAAUUGUAAUUUUUUUUUUGGUCAAAGGUUUAAUCAAGACUUAUCAAGUUAUUAAUAUAGUUUAAGAAAAUUGCCAAAUUUAGCCUUAUUAUUAGUAGUUACUAUGAUUAACUUCACUUAAUAAUACAAUUAAGAGUCUCACUUAAUUAUUAUCACACUUAAUAUAAAUUUGUAUUAUAUUUUUUCUUAGAUGAGACUAAUAAUUUAAUUAGGUAUGCAGUUUUAUAAUAUGUAAUAAUGAUAAUUUUAAAUUGUGUUAAAAUAUUUACUUUUUUUUUAUAACAAUUAUAGCUACCCCCGAAGGUAUUUUAAAUUGUUUUAGUUAUCUGCAUUUAGUUGAUAUUAUUUUGGUUUAUGUUUCAGACAUGGUUUUAAAUAAUUUGGUUCUGUAUGUGUGAAAAAUAAAUAUUUUAAAUGUAUAAUACAAUUAGUGUUUGAUACUGUUUUGUAAGAAAACCAAAAAAAAAAAAAACAAACAAUAUUGUAUAACAAACAAAAACACGUGAUGUGAAUAAAAUAAUUAUUAUAGAAAAAAAUCCCACCGUUUGAUUGUAAAAAACUUGGUGUUUCCAUAUCAUAUUAUAAAAACAUCUACAAAUUAAACUGAAUUUUUCAAUAUAAUUAUAGCACAUAUUACUACAAAUCUAUCUAAUGCAUUUAAAUUGUUUAUAAGAUAUAAUUCUAACACUUUAUUGAUCGUAAUAUUAGAUUGAACUUUGUAGAUACUAAUAAAAAUAAUAAUUUUUAACUA